CGUAAUACCAAUUGGAUUGCCAAAAAAAGGUCAACGACGCCACCGUGAAGCACAAGAAACCCGCUCCAAGAAGAGUAACUAGGAAUCGAAUUCGUCACAAUGCCGAGCUUCAUCGAAAAGAUUCAAGCCAAGCUUGAGCUAUUCCGGCUCGAGCAGCGUUACACGCGCAACCGCCAUCGCCGCUCUGCUUUCAUCAGCAAUGCCAUCUACGUCGAUGGCGAGUACAUCUACCAGACCCCCAAUACCACGGGAUCAUCUACCAAUAGUUCCUCCACUGCCGCCUCGUCGCCGGUCGAAGAGCCUAAUAGACGUCAUAGUGCUAUCGUCGAAGAGCCGAGAAGCCGUUAUAACACGGAACCCCAGACACCAGCGCAGAAGAAGCGAUUAAAUCGAUUCUCAUCGAUGCCGGGAUUCGGCUCCUCGUCAAAGAGCAGCUCUCGUGACUGGAGACCUGACGUUGUCGACGUGAACGAAGUGCGGUGAAGAAGCAAUGGGGAUGUCCAUCAAGAAGACAAACGAUAGAUGAAAUUACAUUAGGCCUGUGUACAUGGUGUCAUGAGCUGACUAGGGAUUGUUUGUGUUUGAAUAUACCAACUCAAUGGGUGGUUUAACUAUCGUCAUAGAACAUCAAGGACUUUGACGAUUGCCCUUCGAUCAGAUAUCAUGAAGAUAUCCUGAUCCUGCGAAGGCUUUUGGAUUCGGCGUUACGACACGAUUUUUCAGCUGUAUAUAUUUGCUUUGCUCUCACGACAAGGGAAAAUUGAAUAGUAUUUCAAAGCUCAUGACUAACUUUGGGUUUUUAGUCCCGCGGAAUUAGAAUUACGUACUUUUUAAUCCAUCAUAUCGUUCUACUACUACUCGGACGCUACAAAUGAUGACUAUAUUCUACGACGAUGUCGCUCCGAUUUAUAAUAGAUUAAAAGUGACGUUAAAGGUUCUCUUUUGAUCUAGAAAGGAUCGUCAGGUUACUGCCGCGGUGCAACCCCCCAAGUAGGAUUCAAAAUAUGAUUGGACCCGGCUACAAGCCAAUUCAUCCUUCUUACCGCAUGUCGUUAUCUGCUGGUACUAUUAUACCCUUACUAUCAUAAUGCCUCUUAAUAUAUUUGAAUCGAGGCUAAUUAUGACAUUAUCGAGAACUAUAUUGCCCUUUAUCAACAAGAUAAAGGCUUUGUGGGCACCGGCUGUUCAUGCUAC